CCUAGGUCCUGCGGUCGGAGCCAUUUCGCCGCUGCUUCCAUGCGGGGUGAGGUGUGUUCUUUCGCCGUUUUCGUGGAAGGUUGGCGCUGCGAACUCGCCUGAGAAGGCUGUGCUCUCGGGCACGGAGAAGCGGAGGAGGGUGUGAAGAAGACACCUGAAUCAUGGGUGACAUUAAAAAUUUUCUGUAUGCCUGGUGUGGCAAAAGGAAGAUGACUCCAGCCUAUGAAAUUAGAGCAGUAGGAAACAAAAACAGACAGAAAUUCAUGUGUGAGGUUCGAGUAGAAGGGUUUAAUUAUGCUGGUAUGGGCAAUUCAACCAAUAAAAAGGAUGCACAGAGCAAUGCUGCCAGAGACUUUGUUAACUAUUUGGUUCGAAUAAAUGAAGUAAAGAGUGAAGAAGUUCCAGCUGUUGGGAUUGUACCACCCCCGCCCAUACUUAGUGACACCUCUGAUAGCACAGCAAGUACUGGAGAAGGUUUACCUGCACCCAUGGGAGGACCACUUCCUCCUCAUCUGGCUCUCAAAGCAGAAGAAAAUAAUUCUGGAGUUGAGUCUUCUUCUGGCUAUGGUUCUCCUGGACCUACCUGGGACCGAGGAGCCAACCUAAAGGAUUACUACUCAAGAAAGGAAGAACAAGAAGUGCAAGCGACUCUAGAGUCAGAAGAAGUGGAUUUAAAUGCUGGGCUUCAUGGAAACUGGACAUUGGAAAAUGCUAAGGCUCGUCUGAACCAGUAUUUCCAAAAAGAAAAGAUCCAAGGAGAAUAUAAGUACACCCAAGUGGGUCCCGACCACAACAGGAGCUUUAUUGCAGAAAUGACCAUUUAUAUCAAGCAGCUUGGCAGAAGGAUUUUCGCACGUGAACAUGGAUCAAAUAAGAAGUUAGCAGCACAGUCAUGUGCCCUCUCACUUGUCCGGCAGCUCUAUCAUCUUGGAGUGAUCGAAGCUUACUCUGGGCUUACAAAGAAGAAAGAAGGAGAGAGAGUGGAGCCUUACAAAGUUUUCCUUUCUCCAGAUUUGGAGCUUCAGCUGCAAAAUGUGGUUCAAGAGCUAGAUCUUGAAAUUGUGCCCCCACCUGUUGAUCCUUCUAUGCCAGUUAUACUUAACAUUGGGAAAUUGGCUCAUUUUGAACCAUCUCAGAGACAAAAUGCAGUGGGAGUAGUUCCUUGGUCACCUCCACAGUCCAACUGGAAUCCUUGGACAAGUAGCAACAUUGAUGAGGGACCCCUUGCUUAUGCUUCUACAGAACAAAUAAGCAUGGACCUUAAGAAUGAAUUAACAUACCAGAUGGAACAAGAUCAUAAUUUACAAAGUGUGUUACAAGAGAGAGAGUUGCUUCCUGUGAAGAAAUUUGAAGCUGAAAUUCUGGAAGCCAUUAGUCAAAAUUCAGUGGUGAUUAUCCGAGGGGCUACUGGUUGUGGUAAAACCACACAAGUUCCACAGUAUAUUUUGGACGACUUUAUUCAGAAUGACAGAGCAGCCGAAUGCAAUAUUGUCGUGACACAGGUAAGGAGUCAUUGUGUGAGUUUGUCUUGGAGUUGUGUGCUUCUAAGAAAACUAGAAGCCGGCAUUCGAGGAAUCAGUCAUGUUAUUGUGGAUGAAAUUCAUGAAAGAGAUAUUAAUACUGACUUCCUUUUGGUAGUGCUGCGUGAUGUGGUUCUGGCUUAUCCUGAAGUCCGCAUUGUUCUUAUGUCUGCAACUAUUGAUACCACCAUGUUCUGUGAAUAUUUCUUCAAUUGCCCCAUCAUUGAAGUUUAUGGAAGGACUUUCCCAGUUCAAGAGUAUUUUCUGGAAGACUGCAUUCAGAUGACCCAAUUCAUUCCUCCUCCAAAGGACAAGAAAAAGAAGGAUAAGGAGGAUGAUGGUGGCGAGGAUGAUGAUGCAAAUUGCAAUCUAAUAUGUAGUGACGAAUAUGGGCCAGAAACAAAGUUGAGCAUGUCUCAGUUGAAUGAAAAGGAAACUCCUUUUGAGCUUAUCGAAGCGCUUCUUAAAUACAUUGAAACCCUUAACGUUCCUGGAGCUGUGUUGGUAUUUUUACCUGGCUGGAACUUGAUUUAUACUAUGCAGAAGCAUUUAGAAAAUAAUUCGCAUUUCGGAAGUCACCGGUAUCAGAUUCUACCUCUCCAUUCUCAGAUUCCUCGGGAGGAACAGCGCAAAGUGUUUGAUCCAGUACCAGAUGGAGUAACCAAGGUUAUUUUGUCCACAAACAUUGCUGAAACAAGCAUUACCAUAAAUGAUGUUGUUUACGUCAUUGACUCCUGCAAACAAAAGGUGAAACUGUUUACUGCUCACAACAACAUGACCAACUAUGCUACUGUAUGGGCAUCAAAAACAAACCUUGAGCAGAGGAAAGGGCGAGCUGGCCGUGUACGACCUGGGUUCUGUUUCCACCUUUGUAGUCGAGCUCGUUUUGACAGACUUGAGACCCACAUGACUCCAGAGAUGUUUAGAACACCAUUGCAUGAAAUUGCUCUGAGCAUAAAACUUCUACGUCUAGGAGGAAUUGGCCAAUUCCUUGCAAAGGCAAUCGAACCUCCACCUUUGGAUGCUGUAAUUGAAGCAGAGCAUACUCUAAGAGAACUUGACGCUUUAGAUGCAAAUGAUGAGUUGACUCCUCUUGGACGAAUCCUGGCUAAACUCCCCAUUGAACCUCGUUUUGGAAAAAUGAUGAUAAUGGGGUGUAUUUUCUAUGUGGGAGAUGCUGUGUGUACCAUCUCUGCUGCUACCUGCUUUCCAGAACCAUUUAUCAGUGAAGGAAAACGCCUGGGGUACAUACACCGGAAUUUUGCUGGAAACAGAUUUUCUGAUCAUGUGGCUCUUUUAUCAGUAUUCCAAGCCUGGGAUGAUGCUAGGAUGAGUGGAGAAGAAGCAGAAAUACGUUUUUGUGAGCAGAAGAGACUCAAUAUGGCUACAUUAAGAAUGACUUGGGAGGCCAAAGUACAGCUUAAAGAGAUUCUGAUUAACUCUGGAUUUCCAGAAGAUUGUUUAUUGACACAAGUGUUUACUAACACUGGACCAGAUAAUAAUUUGGAUGUUGUUAUCUCUCUGCUGGCUUUUGGUGUGUACCCCAAUGUAUGCUAUCAUAAGGAAAAGAGAAAGAUUCUUACCACUGAAGGGCGCAAUGCACUUAUCCACAAGUCAUCUGUGAACUGUCCUUUUAGCAGCCAAGACAUGAAAUACCCAUCUCCUUUCUUUGUUUUUGGUGAAAAGAUUAGAACCCGAGCCAUCUCUGCUAAAGGCAUGACCUUAGUGACCCCCUUACAGCUACUUCUCUUUGCCUCCAAGAAAGUCCAGUCUGAUGGACAGAUUGUGUUUAUAGAUGACUGGAUCAGACUGCAAAUAUCACAUGAAGCUGCAGCAUGCAUCACAGCCCUCCGGGCAGCCAUGGAAGCUCUGGUUGUUGAAGUAUCCAAACAACCAAAUAUUAUUAGCCAACUGGACCCUGUAAACGAACAUAUGCUAAACACAAUCCGACAGAUUUCUAGGCCCUCAGCUGCUGGUAUCAACCUUAUGAUUGGAAGUGUAAGGUACGGCGAUGGUCCACGACCUCCCAAGAUGGCCCGAUAUGAUAAUGGAAGUGGAUAUAGAAGGGGAUAUGGUGGAGGAGGAUAUGGUGGUGGAGGAUAUGGUGGUGGGUACGGUAGUGGAGGCUUUGGAGGGGGCUUUGGAAGUGGGGGAGGCUUUGGAGGAGGCUUUAACAGUGGUGGGGGAGGCUUUGGUAGUGGUGGGGGAGGCUAUGGCAGUGGGGGAGGUGGAUUUGGUGGUGGAGGAGGAGGCUUCAGUGGUGGAGGUGGUGGAUUUGGUGGUGGCAGAGGAGGUGGUGGCGGCGGAUUUGGGGGUAGUGGGGGCUUUGGAAGUGGUGGGGGAGGGUAUGGUGUUGGGGGUGGUGGCUAUGGAGGUGGCAGUGGUGGGGGUGGUGGCUAUGGAGGAGGCAGUGGAGGAUAUGGAGGUGGGGGAGGGGGUUAUGGUGGUGGGGAAGGUUAUAGUAUGAGCCCCAACUCUUACCGUGGAAAUUAUGGUGGUGGUGGGGGAGGAUAUAGAGGAGGUUCCCAAGGAGGUUACAGAAACAACUUUGGUGGAGACUAUAGAGGAUCCAGUGGAGACUACCGGGGAUCCGGUGGGGGCUAUAGAGGAUCUGGAGGAUUCCAGCGAAGGGGUUAUGGAGGUGGUUAUUUUGGACAAGGAAGAGGAGGAGGGGGUGGUGGUGGCUAUUAAGACUGGACCCUGUCAGAGCCUGUGCAUACAGUUAAAAAAUGCAUGCUGUAUGUUUUUCCAAGAUGUUUAUUUGCACCAAAAAAGUAAACCCACUUCCCACUUAAUCUGUAGUUCAUGUGUAGUUUGAAGCAACAAAUGUAGACUAGUGAUUUUGUUUAUAUUGUGUAAUGUAAAAUAUGACCUGUUAUACAAGUAUCACACAUACAGUUUGUAUUUUUUUUUUCUUGAAGGGGUAAAGGUUUGCCUUUUAACUUAACUUGACAUUUUCUUGGUUUUCAUUUAAUAGAAAAUAAAGUUAUACUGAAAAUUAA